AUGGAGUACAACAUGAUUAAUGCUGUAGGUAAGAAGGUGGUGCGGCUGGAGUACGAGGGAUACACGCCGAUGGCAGUAUCCGAGCUGCGCAAGAUCUGUGUCAUUGUUCGCGAAAAGUGGCCAGAUGUGGUCGGGGUGGCGUUGUUUCAUCGUCUGGGAGUGGUCGAAGUGGCGGAAGCAAGUGUGGUUGUGGCUGUCAGCUCACCACAUCGGCGGGAGGCGCUGGAAGCUUGUGCGUUUGCCAUUGACACGCUCAAAGCCACUGUCCCUAUAUGGAAAAGCGAGCAAUACGAAGGAGACACGAGGACGUGGAAGGAGAACGUUGAGUGGAAAAAUGGAGCUGCCGCAAGAUCUUCCUGCUGUGGUAGCAAGCGAGUCAUGGUACCCGUUGAACCCAAGUAA